UGUUGAACCAGAGUGUGAACAGCUUUCACAGUCGUUACCGAUCAGGCGUGCCAACAUAACGAGACUAAAAAUUAUUUCUAAUUUACUUUUUUUUUAACUAAAUUUUGACAGUUUUGUGUACCAUGUAGGAACCCUAAACGUAAGUGACCAAUUUUUGGCCCACAAAACUAAAAAGCAAAAUGCCGGUUUAGUUACCCCAACCAUGGCAGUGAGCAGCUCCUGGUUCCAUCAGUGGAACCCCCCGAACCACUUCCCGGACCCCUUUUUCGGGAAUUUCACCACCGGAAACAAGCACAAGAACGAGGAGAAGUAUGGUCAAAUCUCCAACCUCCUCCCGUUUUUCCUCCAAUUGGGCCUUCUGGAGCCCCCAGCUCCACCCACGGAACGCACUGGCCAUUUUACCACAUGGUACAAAUGGAAAAUGCUCGACUUUGUCUACCCAUCGGACGAGGACCGGAUCGCGGCCAUCGCCAGCGAGGACUUCAUCCCGGAAAAUAACCUCCCAUUGGGUUUGGAGGUAUACCAGGACCGGAUUUUCGUCACCACGCCCAAAUGGAAGCCUGGGGUACCAGCCACCUUAUCCGUCAUACCCAAAACCCGGCGAGAAGUGUCCCCAAAACUGGUACCUUACCCCAACUGGGAGUACCACAGGACUGACUCCUGUGAGGGCCUUACAUCCGUUUUUAGGAUCCACGCUGAUUCUUGCGGCCGCCUAUGGGUCCUAGAUUCUGGCCAAAUUGACGUAACCAUCAAACCUAGACAGGUUUGCCCAGUCCAAAUCUUUCUAUUUGACCUCAAAACCGACAAACUCCUCCUCCGCUACCCCCUCCCUGACGAUUUCAUCAAACAAGAUUGUCUCUAUAGCAACAUCGCGAUUGACAUUCGGGAUAAUGAUUGUUUGGACGUCCACGCCUACUUGACGGACGUCUGGCGAUAUGGACUUGUCGUGUUCAGUCUGAAAAGAAUGACAAGUUGGCGCAUCACCGAUCAUUUGUUUUACCCAGAACCUCUCGCAGCGGCGUACAACGUCCAUGGACUUGAGUUCGAAUGGGUCGAUGGUAUUUUCGGUAUGGCCUUAAGUCCAUACAACAAGAAGGUUAAGGAUCGUGUCCUGUAUUUUCACCCAAUGUCGAGUUUUCGGGAAUUUUUUGUCAAAACUUCGAUUAUUUGUAAUGAAACUGGAUGGAGUGAUGUUAAGGACGCGUUCAAGGUCAUGGGACAAAGUCGGGGGAAGUUUGGCCACGCUUCGGCCUCGGGGAUGGACAGGAAUGGGAUUAUGUUUUUCAAUAUGGUCACAAGGGAUGCGAUUGGGUGUUGGGACUCCCGAAAGCCCUACAAAAGGGAUAAUAUCGGGAUUAUUGCCAGGAGUACCAAAACUUUGGUUUUUCCCAAUGAUUUGAAAAUUGAUUUGGAGAAAAAACAAAGUGUGUGGGUCUUGUCGAAUCGUCUGCCAUUUUUCUUGUAUCGUGAAUUGAACAAAAGUGAUUAUAAUUUUAGGAUAAUGACAGCCUAUGCUGAAGAUGCCAUAAAAGACACUGUUUGUGAUCCGCAUUAUCACACUCAUGACACUUUCAGGAGCUUUCCUGACGGCGAAGAUUGCUACUAAAUUAUUACCAAUAAAUUUUUAUUUUCUC